CCCAUCGCUUGGAGGACACGAGUGCCCGCAGACGCAUUUCUCUCCAGAGCCCCCUCUCCUCCCUCUUUCACUCUGUCUCACCCUGUCCAACUCUCUUCAUCUCCCUCCGACUCUCCCCUUUUACACACACACACACACACACACAUGCAUACACACACACAGUAUUGUCAACAAAGCUGGGAAACGAGGGACGCUGGGGGAUUAAAGAUCCACAGAGGAGGACAGGGACAUCUCCAUUAGUUUACCUGGAUGCUUGCCUCCAAACAGAGUGGAGGAGGCAGAGAGGAGCUGAGGUAAACAGGGACGAACACUCACACUCGCAGGACGGGACUCCUUCGUUUCCCUUCAUGGUGGUUUGGAUGCUCGUAGUAUGUAUGAGAAGUUAACCAUGCUGAACCUGCAGAGCGGCUCAAACUGGAGCGGGCCUAACAACUGGUACCAUGAUCCCACAGGCGUGCAGACGCAGCACAGCGCAGUGUCUGAGGGUUGCAUGCUGGACACAGAGGGCAGCAUGGGGGGAGAAGCAGGAGGAGGAGGAUCAGGCAGAGGAGGAGUCCCCGUGGAGCGGGAUGAAGGCGAGGAGUCUCAGUUGAGGCUGCAGCUGAAGAGAAAGCUGCAGAGGAACAGGACCAGCUUCACCCAGGAGCAGAUUGAGGCUCUGGAGAAAGAGUUUGAAAGGACGCAUUAUCCAGAUGUUUUUGCGAGGGAGAGAUUAGCAAACAAGAUCGAUUUACCUGAGGCCAGGAUACAGGUGUGGUUUUCCAACCGAAGAGCCAAGUGGAGGAGGGAGGAGAAGCUGCGCAAUCAGAGGAGGUCAGGCGGCGUCUCCUCCUGCUCUCAGAGCCAGGCCCCGCUGAGCACCUCCUUCAACACAUCUGUGUAUCAUCAGCAGCAUGGCAGCAGCUCAGGGUCCAUGUUGAGUCAGGCUGAGUCGUCCCUGCCCAGCUACAGCUCGCUGUCUGUGUUCUCAUCCGGAGUCCAGUCAAUUCCUCCCCAGUCGGCCUCUUCAUACUCCUGCAUGUUACCUCCAUCACCUUCUGCCCCGCGCAGUUUUGAUUCGUCGGCGUACUCCUCUCCUCACCUGCAGACUCCGCCCUCAGCCAGCUCCAACACAGGGCUCAUAUCGCCCGGGGUUUCGGUGCCCGUCCAGGUUCCAGGAACAGAGCCUCAGAGCAUGGGUCAGAGCCUGGGUCAGUACUGGGCCAGACUACAGUGAGCUCUGGAACGAUGGGAGAAGAGAAGACAGAGGGGACAAGGAAAAGUGGAAGAGAUUGGUUUUAAGGAAGCACAGGCCGUGUUGGGUUGCAUUAAAUGUUUACAAAAUCAGACAAAAGCAACUUUGGUUGCACUAAAUGGUACUCUGGACAGGCUGGUUUCAUCUUGGAUUUCACAGUUUCUGGAAUAAAAUAAUCAACUUAGUUCAAAUCAGGAGACAGAUGAAGACUGGAUUUACUUUUCUGUCUGUGCAGAAACAGAAAGUGAAGGUUUUCAUUAAUUAGUUGUUAUUAUUUGACCAAACAUUUCUGUUUCUUUUUGUUUACAUUAAUGACCAAAAGCAAAAAACCCUCAGGUGUAGCUGGAAGCUCCAAAAAUCAAAUUAUACCUUUUUAGAUUUUAAAAUCUUCACAAAGCUUCUAAUUGUGAGUAUAUGUAUCUUCCACAUUGUCUUAAAGGAAGUAACUCAAACUCUGAGUUAAAUCUGGGAUCUGAAUCAUCGCUUUGCCACAGAAACUGGGACGAGUCAUCCCAAUAGCCAGCGGAUGUCGAGUGUAUUGUGAAGUGUAACCUCAGUUUCUUGUUACUUGAGCAGCUUUAUGACAUUACAAUAGCUAGUUUGAUUCCCUGAACAACUGUGAAGAUUUUAAAGUUACUUGUGACAAUCACUUGUACUAAAAUGUAUCAUCAGGUGUGUAAAUCCUGCCUCUCCUGACAGCGCCGAAACCACAUAUUUUUGUACAGACGUCUGUGUAUGAAGAGGGAGACUGUGGGAGAUUGUUUAUUGUGAUUAGAGGGAAGAAUGUAGCAUGAUGCAGGCUCCAGUCGUCCUCAAAACGCAGGUUUCAUUAGUCUGAAUCCAGAAAGUGGACUUUUUAUAACCAGCAAUCACACCAAUCAUGAUUUAUUUCUUCAGUAUUUUCUAAAAAUAUGAACAAAACAUCACUAAUGACACUUUUUCCGUCAGCGUUUGACAAUCAAUCUUUCACAGCGAACUAAAAGCAUCACACCAAACACUGAAGACAAUCAAAUCUGUAAAAAUGAUCCACGUAUGACCAAAGGAUGGCGCUGCAGACAAUCAGCUACAUGCACAGAAGAAUCAGAUGUUGUACAGAAGCCCUUAUUGUACUUUGCAGAGUUUUAAGCUCUGCCCACUUCCCCUCAGCACAUUGAUUCUGUUGAUGCAUCUUAAAUGAAGCUUUUAUUUAUUCGCCUUUGCACUCGUUCACACAAGCCCGUUGUGUUGUUUUCAUGGUUGUCCUGUGUGGUGUUAGUACUGUAUAGCUACCAAGAGUCAACCCUUUUGUGAAGGCCUUGGAUCCCUUUAAUGAAAAUAACGUGUGUAUUAAAAUAGAUUCUACAAUCUA